AACACUUGCUGUCAGUAGUGUACCGUCCGUUCCGUGGUGCAGUGCAGUCCCUCGCUCGACUGUCACGUCAUGGUGAAUCUACGGCCCAUAUCGGCCGCCCUGCACGAAAAGGCUAAGCGCGAGCUGAACGAAAAGCCCGAGCGGAUCGAGGAGGAUCUGGCCGCGCUACGGCAAUGGCUCGCCCGCACGCCCCACAUCCGGGCCCGGAUCGACGACCAGUUCCUGGUGACGUUUCUGCGCGGCUGCAAGUACAGUCUCGAGCGGGCGAAGGAAAAGAUCGACAUGUUCUACAGUGUGCGCACGGCCAUCCCGGAGCUGAUGCGCAACCGUGACCCGGACCGGGGGCGCAUCCGGGAGAUUGUGCGGCUGGGGGUGGGUUUGCCGCUGCCGCUCACCGAUGGGCCGGAUGCGCCGCGCAUCAUGCUGAUCCGGCCCGGGGUGUACGACCCGAAGCAGUACACGAUCGAGGAGGUGAUCAAAGUGAGCACCAUGAUCAACGACAUACUGAUGCUGGAGGACGACAAUAUGGUGAUCGCGGGUCAGGUCGGCAUCCUCGAUCUGGCCAACGUGACCAGUGCCCACUUCCUGCAGUUUACGCCCACGUUCGUGAAAAAGAUGACCAUGAUGAGCCAGGAGGGUUCACCGCUGCGCCAGAAGGGCUUCCAUUACAUCAACACACCGACCGGCUUCGAGACCGUCUUUAACAUGUUCAAAUCGUUCAUGAGCGAAAAGAACCGAUCGAGACUGUACGUCCACGGUAGCAAUCUGGAGAAGCUCUACCAACACAUCCCGAAGCGCCUGCUGCCGAAAGAGUACGGCGGAGAGGGCGAUUCCCUCAAGGACAUUACGGCCAACUGGGAGAAAAAGAUCCUCUCCUACCGGGAGUACUUCCUCGAGGAGGACCAGUACGGCACGGAUGAGCGCAAGCGCGUGGGGAAGGCAAAGACGGCCGACUCGCUGUUCGGCAUGGAGGGUUCCUUCCGCCGGCUGGAGGUGGACUGAGCCCGACUGACUGAGUGAGACUUUGGCCCCUGUUGGCUUUGUACUAUAGAGAAACCAAAUACACAGACAGGCACUUUUUAUUGACAUA